AUGACAAGUGCUUCCAGUUUUCAACAAAAUUUUGUAUUUUUUGAAGAACUUAAUCUUUCAACGUGGAAACCUCCCGUCUGUUCGCUUCAAUGGAAUCCAAUAGGUACGACUAUGGCAGGUGAUGCUAAAGGUGUCGCUGGUAUUACAGGUAACCGGCUCAAUGAACCUCGUGAUAUAUUUAUCGAUGCAUUCAAAACUCUCUAUAUCGCUGAUUAUGCCAAUAACAGAGUUCAAAAAUGGUUGUUGGGUGCUGCUGCUGCCACAACAGUCGCUGGUCAACAAAAUGGCGUAGCAGGUGCUAAUCCAGAGCAGUUGAAUCAACCUGGAGGUCUCGUUGUUGAUUCAAGUGGUAAUAUCUAUGUGGUAGAUAGCAGGAAUAAUCGAGUUCAAUCUUGGCUAGUCGGAGCAGCUGCGGGCACGACUAUUGCCGGCAAAGGUAGGACAGCUUGA